AUGGCCUCUCUGGAGAAGAUGCUGCCCGGACCGGCCGCGCUGCUCUGCUGCCUGUGCUCCCUGCUGCUCCCCGCCCACGCCAAGGGCCCAGCCCCCAGCCCCGAGCCCGCCGAGCCCCCUGGUGCCAUCCUGCUGCCCGUCAGCUACCGCCUGUCCAACACCCGCCUGGCCUUCUUCCUCAAGGAGCUGGGAGCCAGCCCGGCGGGCAACGGCAGCGCCCCUCUGCAGCGCUCCGAGCCCUUCGUCGUCUUCCAGACCAAGGAGCUGCCCGUCCUCAACGUCACCCUGGGACCCUUCAGCACGGGGCUGGUGCUGCCCAAGGAGCACCUGCAGCCCUCCAGCACCCUGGAGGUGCCCGACCGCCUCACCGUCAACUGGAAGGUGCGCGCCUUCAUCGUCCAGCCCCGGCUGGUGGCCAGCCAGCCCGUGGUCCAAGUGCUCUUCUACGUGGCCGGCCGGGAUUGGGAUGACUUCGACGUGACGGACCGGCUGCCCUGCGUGCGGCUCCACGCCUUCCGCGACGCCCGCGAGCUCAAGAGCUCCUGCCGGCUGCGGGGCAGCCUGGCCAUGUGCCUGGUGCAGGCCGAGCUGCCCCACGCCUGGUUCGGCCCCUCGGCCGUGCCGCUGGGCAGGAGGAAGAGCCCCGAAACCCUGGAAGGGGAGAGCCAGCAGGUUGAGCUGUACUACACCCUGCACGCUCCCGACGGCGCCGGGCAGUGCCUCGGGGACGCGGCCGCUCGCCGCGGGGCCGGCGGCGCUCGCACCGAGGGUCCCACGCAGCACCCGCUGCUGCGCAUCGGCAGCGUCAGCCUCCUGCAGCCCCCGCCCGGGCCCGCCCUGCAGGAGCAUCACCUGGAUGGAAACGUCUUCAUCCGCCUGCCCGACAAGCCCCUGAAGCCGGGGGAGGUGCUGAGCAUCCUCCUCUACCUGAUGUCCAACUCCACGGUGGAGCACUUCACCCUCAGGGUGAAGGCCAAGAAAGGUGUGAACCUGCUCAGCACCAAGUCCAGGAGCGGGCAGUGGCUGGUGAGCUCGGAGCUGCUGACGGGUGGCAAACACUCCACUGCCACCGUCGACGUGUCCAGGGUGGAUGGGGCCGGACCCAGGGAUGGGGACUCCUCGUCUGAGAUCAUGCAGCUGGAUUUCGAGAUGGAGAACUUCACCAGCCAGUCGGUGACGCGCCGCAUCAUGUGGCACAUCGACUACCGGGGCCGCAACCCCCCGCCCGACCUGGAGAAGGUGGUCACGGAGCUGACGGUCAUCCAGAGGGACAUCAGGGCCAUCGUGCCCCUGGCCAUGGACACCGAGAUCAUCAACACAGCCAUCCUGACGGGGCGCACGGUGGCCAUUCCCGUGAAGGUCAUUGCCAUCGAGCUCAGCGGCGUCAUCGUGGACGUCUCGGCCAUGGUGGAGUGCAAGUCCAACAACGAGGACAUCAUCAAGGUUUCCAGCAGCUGUGACUACGUCUUCGUCAGCGGGAAGGAGUCGCGGGGCUCCAUGAGCGCCCGGGUCACCUUCACCUACGAGCACCUGUCCGCCCCGCUGGAGAUGACGGUGUGGGUGCCCAAACUGCCCCUGCACAUCGAGCUCUCGGACGCCCGGCUGAGCCAGGUCAAGGGCUGGAGGGUGCCCAUCCUGCCGGACAGGAGGUCGGUGCGGGACAGCGAGCAUGAGGAGGAUGAGGACGAGCGGAAGCAGAGCCGGGGCUGUGCCCUGCAGUACCAGCACUCCACGCUGCAGGUCUUCACCCAGUUCCACACCACGGCGGCCGAGGGCACGGGCCAGGUGGUCACCAUGCUGGGCCCGGACUGGCUGGUGGAGGUCACAGACCUGGUCAGCGACUUCAUGCGCGUGGACGACCCGCGGGUGGCCCACAUGGUGGACAGCUCCACGCUGGCAGGGCGGGAGCCAGGGACCACCCUCUUCAAGGUGGUGUCCCCGCUGGUGGAGGCGGUGCUGGGCGAGACGCUGGUGACGGUGGCGGAGGAGAAGGUCAGCAUCACGGACCUGAAGGCCCAGGUGGUCUCCAGCCUCUCGCUGUCCCUCCACCCCAGCCCUGGCAACAGCCACACCAUCAUCGCCCGCACGUCCGUGCAGCAAACCCUGAGCUUCUUCAAGCAGGAAGCGCUGCUGAGCCUGUGGAUUUCCUACAGCGACGGCACCACGGCCCCCCUGUCCCUGUACGACCCCAAGGACUACAACCUGGUGGUGAGCAGCCUGGACGAGAAGGUGGUGACGGUGACCCAGGACCGGGCGUUCCCCUUGGUGGUGGCGGAGAGCGAGGGCGCGGGGGAGCUGCUGCGGGCGGAGCUGGUCAUCUGCGAGAGCUGCCAGAAGACCAAGCGCAAGAGCGUCCUCUCCACGGCCUUGGCCACCGUGCGCGUCCACUUCGGCUCCGAGGAGGACCCCACCUACGACUACGACCACGUGUCCAGCAGGCCGGGGCUGGGGGAGGCCGGGGCCAGCACCACCCUGCGGGCAGAGGUGGACAGGAAAGCGGAGCCGAGCCAGGACAGCCGGAUGUCCAGCGCGUCUCACCCCACCGAGGACUUCCCCACCAUCCCCACCGGCUUCGUGCAAGUGACGCGGGGGCUGACGGACCUGGAGAUCGGGAUGUACGCCCUGCUGGGCGUCUUCUGCCUGGCCAUCUUGGUCUUCCUCAUCAACUGCAUCGUCUUUGUGCUGAAGUACCGGCACAAGCGCAUCCCGCCGGAAGGCCAGACCAACAUGGACCACUCCCACCACUGGGUCUUCCUGGGCAACGGGCAGCCCUUGAGGGCUCACAAUGACCUGUCCCCGCAGCCCGAGAGCCCGGGGAACCCGCUGGAAAACGUGCAGACCUGCUGCCACGGGGACCACCACAGCAGCGGGAGCUCGCAGACCAGCGUGCAGAGCCAGGUGCACGGGCGCGGGGACGGCUCCUCGGGGGGCUCCACGCGGGACCAGAGCGAGGACCCGCUCAACUCACCCACCUCCAAACGGAAGCGGGUGAAGUUCACCACCUUCGCCACCAUGCCCUCGGACGAGCUGGCCUACAACUCCAUCCCCAUCGCCGAUGAGGAGGACUUGGAAUGGGUGUGCCAGGACAUGGGGCUGCAGGACCCCGAGGAGCUCCACAACUACAUCCGCAGGAUCAAGGAGAUCGCUUAA